AUGAGCGAAGCCAAGAAACAAAGCUGCAGAUAUUACGAACAACAACAUCCAGAAGUCGACGACCUUGUGAUGGUCAAAGUCAAGCAUAUCACCGAUAUCGGUGCCUAUGUUUCUUUAUUGGAAUAUAACAACAUUGAAGGUCUUAUCUUGAGCAGUGAAUUGAGUAGAAAAAGAAUUCGUUCUAUUUCUCAAUUAAUCCGUUUAGGAAGAAAUGAAGUUUGUGUUGUUUUGCGUGUUGAUCCUGAAAAGGGAUAUAUUGACUUGAGUAAGAGUAAAGUUGCUGCUGAAGAUAUUCCAAAAUGUGAAGAGAAAUAUAACAAGAGCAAGGCUGUUAGUUCUAUCAUGAGACACUUGGCUGAAACAACUGACCAAGACUUGGAAGAAUUGAACAAAUUAAUUUCAUGGCCAUUAUAUAGAAAGUUUGGACAUGCUUUUGAUGCUUUCAAGAUGACUUUAACAAAUCCAGACCAAGUUUUCCAAGAUAUUGAAUUCCCUGAUAAUAAUACCAAAGAACAAUUACUUUCAAUCAUACAAAAUCGUUUGAAGCCUCAACCAGUUAAAUUGAGAGCCGAUAUUCAAGUAACUUGUUAUUCAUAUGAAGGAAUUGAAGCUGUGAAAGAAGCUUUAUCUGAAGGUGAAAAGAUUGGUACCGAAGAAGAAAUCGACAUCAAGAUUACCCUUGUUGCUCCUCCUCUCUAUGUUAUGGCAACAACAACAAGUGAUAAACAAAAGGGUUUGGAUACAUUACAAGCUUCUAUUGAUAAGAUUACCGAAAUUAUCAAGAAGUAUGACGGUGAAGUUACAGUUAAAGCUCCUCCAAGAGUUGUUAACGAAAAGGAUGACCAUUCUUUGACUGUCCUCUUGGAAAAUUUGAGAGAACAAAACAAGGAAGUUGAUGGCGAUGAAGAAGAAGAAUACAUUGGUAUGUAA